AUGUUUUUUUUUUCUUUUUAUUCCAGCAUCAUUGAUCAACAUAAAGUCACCUCCCUAUUUUCGGUACCCACUUCAUUUCGUGUCCUGCGACGUGUCGAUCCCGAUUGUGUAUAUGGUCGUAAAUAUUCACUGGAAUCGUUACGUUCCAUUUUUGUUGCCGGUGAACAUUGUGAUUUGGAAACGAAGUCGUGGAUUGAGACAACCUUUAAGGUACCGGUUUUGAAUAAUUGGUGGCAAACAGAAACCGGAUCGGCGAUAACGGCUACAUGUUUGGGUUUCAAUCAACGUCUUGAUACACCAGCAUUUACAACCGGUUUGCCAUUUAUUGGCUAUAAUAUUAAAGUGGUGCAUACCGAUGGCUCGGAAUGUGAACCCAUGGAAUUAGGAAGAAUUGUAAUUAAAUUACCCCUGCCUCCGGGUAAUAUGUCCACACUCUACGAGAAUGAUGAACUUUUCAAAAAACUUUAUUUCACUAAAUAUCCGGGUUACUAUGACACCAUGGAUGCCGGCUAUAAAGAUGAAAAUGGUUAUAUCUUUGUCACAGCCCGGGCCGAUGAUAUCAUCAAUGUUGCCGGACAUCGCAUAUCGACACUGGCCCUAGAAGAUGCUGUUCUGCGACAUAACGAUGUGGUGGAUGUUGCCGUUUUUGGUGUACCCGAACCGACAAAGGGCCAGGUGCCAAUGUGCCUCUAUGUACCGCGAGAAAAUUGCUCAAAAACACCGGCUAAGCUGUCGGCAGAAAUUAUACAAAAAAUACGUGAAAUUGUUGGACCCAUAGCAUCGUUUCGUUUGGUCGCCCCCGUUAAGGCAUUGCCACGCACCCGAUCGGGCAAGACAAUGCGUAAAGCUAUGGCAGAUUUUGCGAAAAAUGAGCUGGUCGUGUUGCCGGCAACAAUUGAAGAUCCCAGUGUUUUCAUUGACAUACGACGGGCUCUGCAAUGUUUGGGUUAUGCCAUGAAUACGCCCUGCCCAGUGGUGGCGGCGGUAAAUAAAAAAUAG